GUGUGUAAGAUCCUUAACAUGAUCGCCUUAAUAAUAACACGUAUACUUGUUUUAUGUAUGUCAUUAUUAAUUAACAGCAGUGGCUCAUCAGACAGAUUAUAAAUACUAUGUAAAUGUACGUACUUUCAAAUGUGAAACACAAAUCUAGAGCGCACAUGUCAAGAGGAAAUGUCACAGUGAUCCUUCAGUGGAACAACGGGAUUAUUUCACUGGUACCACAAAGCAAAGACCAAUCGACGACGCCGCUGCUGGAGGAAUAAACUCACGCAGGGACUGAACCUGAGCGCUCUCUGGUGGCCGAACUUCAGCACAACAUCAAAGAAAACGUUAAUUAUCGUGGUCACUUAGAAAGACGAUGGCUGUGCAGCUCAGUGAAGUGUUGGUGCCACUGAUGCUGAAUGUGUUUCUGGGAGCUUCAUCGUCCAUGUGGCCUGUGGCUCCAGCAGGGGCCUUCCAGCUGCCGCCCUGCCAGCUCAUCAACCAGACGGUCUCCCUGGAGAAGGAGGGCUGCCCAAGGUGUCACGCGGUGGAGACCACCAUCUGCAGCGGCCACUGCGUCACCAAGGACCCCAUCAUCAAGAUCCCCUUCAGCAACGUGUACCAGCAUGUGUGCACGUACCGAGACUUGUUCUACAGAUCGUUUGAGUUUCCCGACUGUCCUCCUGGCGUGGACCCGGUCGUCACCUACCCCGUGGCUCUGAGCUGCCACUGCAGCCGCUGUGUCAUGGACACGUCUGACUGCACCUUCGAGAGCCUGCAGCCGGACUUCUGCAUGAACGACAUCCCUUUCUACUACUAGUCCAGAGUGAGAGACUUUAACGACCUUCUGUCUCUGAGCGGCAUGUGUGGAAGCGGCUGUGUCUCACUGACGUUCAAUAAAAUUUACCUAAAACGCA